AUGGAUCGAAAAUUUGACUUUCCUUAUGAUCCAUACAAAGUCCAGCUAGAAUUUAUGCAAGAGCUUUAUAAAACUCUUAGCAUUCAAAAAGUCGGCAUUUUUGAAAGCCCAACUGGAACAGGAAAAUCUUUAAGUUUGAUUUGUUCAUCUUUCAAAUGGCUCACUCCCCCUUACUUAGGGAUUUAAACAUAAAUUUACAAAUUAAAUUAAUAUUUGCUUUAAAAUUAUUUCGAAUAAGGAUGCUUUAAAUUUAAAAAACAAAUUAUAAAGUAUAUUUUUAUGAAAAAAAUUAACCCACUUCCAUUAGUGAAGAAAAUUUUUUUGUUCACUCAGGAGUUAGCGACUUUAAAAAUUCCUCCACGAAUGAGGUGUCUGAGCCAAAAAUCAUAUAUACAAGCAGAACCCAUUCACAAUUAGACCAAUUUAUUUCAGAAAUUAAAAAAACAGUCUGAGCUUAUGGUGCAAAUAAAAUCCAUGUCGUCAGAGUAGGCUCAAGGAAGCAGCUUUGCAUUAAUACUGAAUUGGAAGAGUUUAAAAAUUCGCGUGAAAUUAACUAUAAAUGCAAAGAGUUAGUAAAAAAGCCUGAAAAUGAUGAGGAAAGAUGGAGAAAAAAUGAUGAUGAGCAAAAUUGUCCUUAUUUUGAUGGUGCCAAUGAUGUAUGUGACCAUAUUAGUGAAAAUAUCUGUGAUAUAGAAGAUUUGCUGCUGGCUGGAAGAAGAAAUUUUGGAUGCCCUUAUUAUGCUACAAGGCAAGCUAUUGAAGAAGCAGAAGUGGUUAUAGCCCCUUAUUCGUCAAUUUUAAACAAAAGGAUUCGCAAAAGAUCAAAAAUACCUCUAGAAAACUCAAUCCUUAUUAUCGAUGAGGCUCACAACUUAACAGAGUCUAUCAUCAGCGCAUAUUCAGCUUCAAUGCAGCUGAAGCAAAUAAAGCAGUGCAUAAAGACCUUAAGUGCAUACUACAAUGAAUAUCAAAGUAGAUGGAAUCCUUAUAAAUCAGGAAAAAUAAACGAUGUUUUACAGUCCGUUAAACAAUUUGAAAAUUUCAUUAAAUCAGCGUUAAGGACCUCUAAUAGAAAAGGAUUUUCAACCCCAGUUAGAAACUUUGUGAGGGAUUAUGAUUUGCAUAGAUAUGAUUAUAAAGAAAUUCUUGAAUUCAUAAAUCUCGAUGAUUUAGCAAGAAAAGUUAUGGGAUAUGGGGUGACUAAAAGAUUAGCUUACGGUGACACAACUUAUUUUUACGCUUUAAUUUAAGUUUUAGUUUACGUAACUCUUCAAAUCCCUGACUUCUUGGUCUCAGAUUGGACUACAGCUCUUAAUAACGGUAGGUGGGCCGACCUAGCUGUUGACCUCUAUCUGUCCCCAAGCUAUUUAGGACCUCUCUGAUCUACACCAGACUCAGUUUAGACACAUUAUUUUGAGCCCAGAUUCUCAAUAAGUCGUAGAUCCUCUUACUAAGCUCGUUUAGGAUCUGAAUCCUACUCCCUAACUGACAUUUUUAAUUGAGUCGCUUUAAUUGAAUUUUUCGAAUGCUUCGUAAAUGAUCCUACAGAUUCUUGCAUAAUUUUUGAUAGAGGUGAAGAAGUUGGCGACCCAAGAAUAAAAUAUUUGCUAUUGAAUCCAAUAAUUCCUUUCAGGUCAAUAUUAAGCUCAGUUCGUUGCGUUAUACUGGCUGGAGGGACUAUCGAACCUCGUCAAGAAUUUUUAGAACUUUUUGAAGACAUUCCGAAAUCAAAAAUAACUUUUUUCUCAUGUGGGCAUGUGAUUCCAUCAGAAAAUUUAUUGCUUUCUAUUGUCUCGAGAGGCAAAAGUGGAAACCCAUUCAGGUUUGUAUUUGAUAGACGAGACGAUUUGGACAUGAUGGAUGAUCUUUAUAGAUUACUUGUUGAUGUAAGUCAAGUUGUUCCUAAUGGAAUAGUUGUUUUUCUUCCAUCCUUUAGUUUUCUUGGAAAAUUAAAAAAUCAUAUAGAUUCUAAUUAUUUAAGAAAAUUACAAAGAUAUGCUCAGAUCUCGAAGUUUCAUGUAUUAUUCUUGGAUAAAUAUCAAUAUUUUAUUUGAAAUAUAAAUAGAUUGAUUAAGCUAUUAGAAGCAAUAGCUGUUGUAGCUAUGUAAGCAAUUAUUCUAUGAUAAUAGGAACGAAAAUAUAUUAGAUCAAUACUCGAGAUAUGCGAAAAAUGGAGGCGCAAUGCUUUUUGCCGUCACUCGUGGAAAAUUAAGUGAAGGAGUUAACUUUAGCGAUGAACUGGGAAGGUGCAUUAUUAUGGUUGGCUUGCCUUAUUUAAAUUGUUUUGAUAUAGAAGUUAAAGAAAGAAUGAAUUUCUUACAUCCUCAUUUUAUUAUUUCAUAAAACGGAUCAAAGCUCUGUUAAAAAAUUAUUCUUUUAUAUGCAGAGGUAUUAUAGAAAAAAGAGAGUUAGACUCAAAACUUAAUGGGUUUACAGGAAGAGAAUUUUAUGAAAUGAACUGCCAAAAAGCAAUAAACCAAUCAAUAGGCAGAGCAAUUCGGCAUAUAAACGAUUAUGCUAUCAUUUUAUUAGUUGAUGAAAGGCACACCAUUUAUCAGCGCCCAUUAUGGAUGAGAUCUAAUUACGUUGAUCAAUGUGAGGAUGAUCCUACAAAUAUAAUAGGCUCCAUUGAAGAUUUCUUUGAGGAUUUCAGAAAAGAUAAACAAGAACAAAGUGAAGAAGAGCAAGAAAUCGGUGCAUCAAUUUUUUGUAGAAAAUCUGUCUCUGGCAGAGAUCUCCCAGGCAUAAUUGGUCGAAUUAUUCCUCUUGAAACAUUUGCUUAGCAAAACUGGCUAUGAAGCAAUAUCAGAACAGAAAAAUACCUUAAAACACUGAGGAGAAAAAGAUUAAUUAAAUAUGACAUCUCAGCAAAAGAAUGAGCUAGCCUCAGCAGCACAUACUAAUAUUUAUGGUUAUGAAUCUAAUAACUCAGAAACAGCAACAUGUUAUGUAACUCUAGAUCUGCAUACAUUUUAAUCGGAACAUUUUGCUAGUGUUUGUAAUCGGCUAAUUAAGAUUAAGAAUUAGAGAGCAAAUAUUUUUACCCUUUUAAAUCGGUUAUUAUGAUUAUUUUGUUUAA